CUAACAGAAGCUCACACGUGCAUCCAACAUGUCUUCCUACUGUGUUGUUGUGCGGUCAACUUACUCCAGCUAGUUUUUUUUCUGCCGUUGUAUUUAUCGGUUUGUUAACUAAAGGUGUUGGUCGCAGUAGUAAGGAGCAGCUGAAGGGUCGGGAUGGCCCAAAGAAAGAAAAAACUUACGAAGAAGAAGAGACACGCCGCUAACAGGGAGCCGGAGGCGGACUCUGGUGUUGGAGACUUUGAGAUGGCAGCCGAAAUAAAGGACGAUGACGUGCCAGGGAAGAAGCUGCCAAGGUUCCCCGCCUCGUCUGACUGCCUCUCAGAUGUGGAGCCUGACACCAGGGAGCUGGUCAGGGCUCAGAAUAAGAAGAAAAAGAAGUCUGGAGGAUUUCAGUCCAUGGGUCUCAGUUUCCCAGUGUACAAAGGGGUAAUGAAAAAAGGUUACAAAGUCCCGACUCCAAUUCAGAGAAAGACUGUCCCAGUCAUUCUCGAUGGUAAGGAUGUGGUGGCCAUGGCCAGGACGGGCAGCGGUAAAACGGCUGCCUUCCUCAUUCCCAUGUUUGAGAAGCUCAAGGCCCCUCAAGCCAAGACAGGGGCCAGGGCCCUCAUUCUGUCUCCCACCAGAGAGUUGGCCCUGCAGACUAUGAAGUUCACAAAAGAGUUGGGAAAAUUCACUGGACUGAAGACAGCGUUGAUCCUUGGUGGAGACAGUAUGGAUGAUCAGUUCGCUGCCCUGCAUGAAAAUCCAGAUAUAAUCAUCGGUACUCCUGGUCGUCUCAUGCACGUCGUCAAAGACAUGAACCUGAAGCUGAACAAUGUGGAGUAUGUGGUGUUUGAUGAAGCGGACAGGUUGUUUGAAAUGGGUUUUGCUGAGCAGCUUCAGGAGAUCAUUCGGAGACUUCCAGACACUAGACAGACUCUGCUCUUCUCUGCCACAUUACCUAAACUACUAGUGGAGUUUGCCAGAGCUGGACUCACGGAACCAGUGCUGAUUCGUCUGGAUGUGGAUUCAAAACUCAGUGACCAGAUCAAGCUGUCAUUCUUCCAUCUGCGAAUGGAUGACAAGCCAGCACUGCUGCUUCACCUCCUGAGGAACGUGGCAAAGCCACAGGAGCAGACAGUGGUGUUUGCUGCCACCAAACACCAUGUGGAGUACCUCAAAGAGCUGUUGUCUUCUGAAGGUGUAGAGUGUGCAUACAUCUACAGCGCCCUUGACCAGACUGCCAGGAAGAUCAACAUAGGCAAAUUUGUGCACAGGAAAGCGAUGGUAUUGCUUGUGACUGAUGUUGCUGCUCGUGGUAUAGACAUCCCUCUGCUGGACAAUGUCAUCAACUACAACUUCCCCUCCAAGGCCAAGCUCUUCCUGCACAGAGUUGGCCGUGUGGGACGUGCGGGGCGCAGUGGUACUGCAUACAGUAUGGUUUGUCCUGAUGAGAUGCCUUAUGUUUAUGACCUUCACCUCUUUCUUGGAAGACCUGUUCAACUCGCCACAUCUGAACACACACAAGACUCAGAUGGGGUGUUGGGACGCGUGCCUCAAAAUGUCCUGGAUGACGAGGGCUCUCAUCUGAUCACAUCCCACGAAAAUUCCCUGGACCUGCAGAACCUCCAUCGAGUCUCUGAGAACGCCUAUAAGCAGUACCUCAAAUCCCGGCCGAAUCCUUCCCCGGAGUCCAUCAGACGGGUCAAAAACACAGACCUGUCCAGCUUGGCUGUCCAUCCCUUACUGGGGUCAGGAUUGGAGAAGAUGGAAGUACAGCGCCUUCAGAUUGUUGAUGCCAUCAAGGGCUACAAAUCAAAAUCAACCAUCUUUGAAAUCAACUCCAAUAGUAAGACACAUGCAAGUGUGGUAAUGAGAACCAAACGCUCCAAAGACGCACAGUUGGUGAACAAAUUCAACAAGCAGAAAGAGGACAUGGCUGCAGAGAGUCGCCAACAGCAACAGCAUGUCAUCCCCAACACCACUAUGAUGGCUGACGAUGAUUCCUUUAACACAGAAGAUAAGGAGGAUGAGACUCUUAAGGGGGUAUUUUCAGAGGUUGUCGGUGGGAAGAAGAGAGGGUUCCAAGAAGAAGUAGAGGAAAGGCCAAAAUCCAAAAAAAGCAGACAGGCGGGCAGAGAUGAGGAACAUUACAUCCCGUACAGACCCAAAGACUUUAACUCUGAGAGAGGAUUGAGUCUAGGUGCAGAGGGCAGUGCUUUUGAACAGCAGGCCUCCUCUGCAGUCCUGGACCUGAUGGGAGAUGAAGGAGAACAGCUCAACCAACACAAAAAAAUUCUGAGAUGGGACCGCAAGAGGAAGCGGUUUGUCAAAGAAACAGGAAAGGAAGACCAGAAGAAGAUCAGAACAGAAAGUGGGCAGCUGGUCGACAAGAAGAAGAAGAAGAACUUUUAUGAGGAGUGGAAGAAAAAAUACAAAGUGGAUGAUAUGGGAUCCGGUUCAGAUGGAGAAACGGGAGGAGGGAGGAAACCAGGAGGUCGCGGCCGUGGUCAAGGUCACCAUGGCCCUCAGGUCAAAAGCUCUUUGGCUCCUCAGCAGACUGCCGGUGGGCGCAGAAUUCGCUCUGAGCUGAAGACAAGCCAACAGAUUUUGAAGCAGCGCAAGAAAAAGCAGAAGCACCAGUUCCUGCAGAGUGGAGGCCUCAAGAAGCUCCGCGCCAAGAACAAGCAGUGGGUCAGGGAAAUUAAGAAGUCAGGGUUUGGACGAGGCGGACAGAAGAAGGGCAAGAUGAGGAAGAAACUUUAAGGACGCCGCUGAGAUACAUGGCGCCUCACCACUUACUGGACUUGAUGUCUAAGACAGAGUAUGUAUGCCAUUUAUACAUUCUCAUACCUGGAUUUCAUCAUCUAAGGAGUGUUAGAUUAAUACAGAUUUGUCUGCAUAAAAGCUUUUGAGUAAUGAAAUGUCUUUACAUUGUAAACUAAUGGGUAAAUACAGAUGUGAAUGGCAA